GAUAUUUUUGUGAAGUCAACACAAAUUACUCGUAUUAAUUGCAUACAAUAUAUUUUUCAAAAUUGUAGUGUUAUUUAUAACAAUGAGUGAUGAAAAAUCAGAGGAUAACACGGCGAGUUUAUCUAGCGCAACAGAAACUUUGAAAAUAGAAGAUAAAGAUAAUGGCGACGCCGGGAAAUCUGAUAAAGUGAAAAUUGACAUAUUAUUGAAGGCAACAGGCAACGCUCCGAUCAUGAAGAAGAAGAAGUGGGCCGUGGACGCAGAGAAGCCCAUCGGCUGGAUCAUGGAGUUUGUCAAGAAGUACUUGAAGCUGGAACCAGAUGAGAGGCUUUUCCUGUACGUGAACCAGACAUUUGCUCCGUCCCCGGACCAGAUAGUGAAGAACCUGUAUGAGUGUUUCGGCACAGACGGCAAACUGGUGCUGCACUACUGCAAGAGCCAGGCGUGGGGCUGAAUGGAAAUACGUCAAUAUGGAUGCCUCAUAACCACCGUAGGCUUAAGAGUCUCAAGGAACCGUCGCCAAAAUGUCGCCCCCAAAUAAUAGAAGUUACAUUCUUAUUUUAAAAAGACAUGCGUAUGCUAUCAUAAUCGUUGCAGACAUUUCUUGGUCUAUAACUAUUUAGGGCCGUCAAAACGUUCGCAUGAUUUUAAGGCAUGGGAAAUUUCAUACUUUACUGUUGUUUGACGUUAAUCGCUCAGUUAAAUGUGGUUCAUGCAACUGGACCUUAAACUUUGAAAAUGACAUGCAAAUAAGCUAGGGACACACUUAGCCCACGUAGGCGAAAUCUGAACCCUGAAAUUUGUAUGCUAAGAAACAUGAAGUCUGACCGAAUAUAUCAUCGUUGUCAAGAGGACGCUGUUAUUCUCAUGGGUGACACUUCAGUUCAGUAUGAAAAAAUCGUUCCAGUGAAAUUUCGCAACAUGGCGCGUGAUCAUAUAUUCCUGGUCUUGUCACACGCAAUGCAACGCGUGACAAGUAUGUUUAUAAAGGCCCCUGUACACAAUGGGCCAGCGCCGCCGGCCAGUCCAAGAGACGCAGCCAUGCGGUAGAAUGAGAUAGCAAUAUCAUUUGCUCUAACGCAUAAAUGCGUCCCCCAGACUGGCCCAUUGUGUACAGGGAGUUUAGCAUACAAAUUGAGAGGGUUUAGCAUACAAACAGGGUUCAGAUUGUCAUAAUGCAUUGCAUUAUGUUGGGUAUGUUGGAUAAGUGUGUCUCGGCUUUUUCGGUGACAUCGGUAGAGCUCAUAAAAUGUAAUAGCCGCUUAAAGCUCAACACCCAUAGGUAAUAUAUUAAAAUAUCCAUAUUUAAAGUGAGGUUUAGACUAGUAAGAACUUGUAUGCAAUUUUCAUUACAUUUCGGUAUUUGAUCUAACUUUUGAAUGCAAUUUGCUAUAGUUUUAGUAGUCGGCAAUGUAACUUACAUGCAAGUUGUUGCUAGUCUAGGCCUCGUUUUAUCACUUAUAAUUUGGAUUUAAAUCUUAAAGUGUCUGAUGAAUUAGUGAUGGAUACAACCAAUACUAUACCGGGUGUGGCCUGUAACACGAGCAAAUAAUUAAAACAUAGACUGUACUCCUCAAACGGUGACACUUUUAUUCAACAACUUUUAAAAAUUAUGAAGUAUUUAGACUCCCUAUUUUUCAUACAAAAUAAAUAUUAUCUUCAAUGGACGCCAUCGUCACGCCAUAUCAUUGUGAUAUUUGUGUUUGACUUGUCAAGGCUUAAAUAUAAUAAAAUUCGCAAUACAUUGCGUCUUUGAAUAACCUUUAAAGUGUAUUAAAAAUCAAACUACAAGUUAUUUUUAAAAGUCGCUGAACAAAUGUUGAUCAGUAUGAGGAGUACAGCCUACAGUUAAAUUUUUUGCUCAUAUUACAGGCCACACCCGGUAUAAGUUGUAAAUAUUAUUUCUUAAGCUAUUUUAUAUGUGAUAAUGUAACUUACUUAGUCACUAUUGUAAGUAUAUAUUUAAAUCAACA